AUGCCGCCUGGUCCAUAUCCAUUACCAUUGGUAGGAAAUGCUUUGAACGUUGGCAAUGAACCUCCCUUCUCAAUGGAACAUCUACGUGAAAACUAUGGAGAUAUUUAUACAGUAACUUUUCCUAUUGGGACGUUCGUCAUUGUGAAUUAUGGAGAAUUUCUCCAGGAGGCACUUGUAAGCAAGAAGGAUGACUUUGCUGGUCGACCGGAUGCCGCAUUCUUCCCACUAAAUUCGAUAUUUGAAGGUAAAUAGUUGUUCCGCAUUAGCCGUGCGAUCUAGAUUCAAGAAACUGCGUAGAUGUUGUUGCAUAAUAUCAUAUUAUCGGUCCUAACAGCCUGUAAAAGAUAAAAAUGUGGGUACAAUAAUCCCCGAGGGUACCAAUUCCGCUUGGGUAUUUACACCAGAUCAUGUGAGAACAUAGCGAAGUGCCAAGUCAUCCUCCUCGUGGACGUUCAACAUGAGCUCGACCGAGCUCGACCUUUGAAUUUACUAUAUGCAUGAGUAAAUUGUUAAACACUUCCGAAUUUAUUAAUACAAUAAGGCGAGACUUUUUUUAUUUAUUGGUUUACGGAUUUGACUUUAAAAAUAAGAGGUCGGUAGGUCGGAAAAAAGUUUAAAAAAAAACCGAACAGAGUAUAAAUGAGAACCGAAAUUAAUAAUCUUUAUAAAAAUUUUUAACGUCAAUUUAAAAAAAAAACACGCAAAAAUCGUGGCUAAUCUACAUAUAUAUUGAUUGUCAUAACGAUAACAUGAGCCAGCAGUACCUAGAGUCAAAGUUCACUUGAAAUGUCAGAACCCCAAAUUAAUUAAAAUUAACUAAAAUUGUAAAUUUCCAAUUUUUUUUUUAUUUUUCACUUUCUGAAUAUUUACGGUCGGCGGAUCCGUAAACCAAUGAAUAAAAAAAGUCUCGCCUAAUAGCAUAGUUGCCCGGGAUUCUUUUGUUUCAACAGGGUCGAUUACUAACUAAUCGCCCGCUGUAGCCGGCGAUUAGUUCUAAUCGCCCGUUGGCAAGGGUCACACCCUUUGUCUCCCUGCCGACUACGCAUUAGGCAAGUGCUCACGCACAUAAUCGUACAAGGAACAGCAACAGUUAGCUCAGAGCCGUCAAUAGUCUAUUAUCCGAUCCCCGAGUUGUUGCAUCAUUUAAAUUACGCACGUGCAGUCUCCGAUUUUAUACUAAUAUAUUUAACGUUUUUGUUGUGGUACGUUAAAUGAUAGAUUGCGCAUGCGUAACCAAUUAAAGCGUAAAAAGUGCGCAUGUGCAACAAGCUUUUACAUCCCACAAGCAAAAAAGCAAAUGUUCUAGCUUAAAUUCGCUGAUUGCAAGCAGGGCAUGUUUGUCCAUUUUUAAAUGGGAGCGCAACUAUGCUAUUACAAACUAAAUUAACUAAUAGCAUGGCUUUUCGGGAGAUUAGUGAUUAAAUGACCCCUUACCCUCGGCAGGUUUGAAGAAUUCCCUCGGGCUUCGCCCUCGGUGUCUCUGGUUACGGGGCCAUUUAGUCACUAAUCUCCCUCAAGCCAUGCUAUUACCUAAAUACGCGACCCCACACAAACCACAAGCAUAUUAGACAAGACUUUAGCGUAUAAAGGUAAUGGCCUUAGAGGGGAGGCUGCACGCGUAGGGACGGGAUACUUAUAAAAAAGAGGUCGUGAGAUUUAGUCUACAGCGCGAGAACAAGGGCAGAUUUCGUGCCCGACCAAUCAGCGCAUUUGUUUACAUUUUCGCUCUCAGCCAAUCAUAAUGCAGGAAACGCGAAAUUUACACCAAGGCGAACUAGAAAAUAUUGCCGUCUUCUCGGGCUUCCGUGACAUUCAAUUUUAACUUUUUUAAUUUUAAACCAAAAGAUUAUAAUAUAGCACGUUAAAAUCUAAAACUUUGCAGUGGGCAUUUUUAAAUUUCGACCUAGAACGGAAAAUAUCCAUGUUUGAAAUUUUUUGUCCGACCGGUUUAAUUUGCAGAAAAUCAGUCUCUCUAAACGCGUUAUCUUCUAGAUUAAAAAAUUACAUUGACCAAAACGAUUUUCAACAAGAGCGGAAAAGAGUUUUCCAACAAAAACGUAAAGCAUGCAGAGAAAAUAUAUCAAUUUUUAGUUUUAUUGCUGUCAAAUUAGAUUACUCAAACAUGGAUAUUUUCCGCUCUAGGUCGAAAUUUAAAAAUGCCCACUGCAAAGUUUUAAUGUGCUUUAUCGUAAUCUUUUGGUUUUAAAUUUAAAAAGUUAAAAUUGAAUGUCACGGAAUCCCGAGAAGACGGCAAAAUUUUCUAGUUCGCCUUGGUGUAAAUUUCGCGUUUCUUGCAUUAUGAUUGGCUGGGAGCAAAAAUGUAAACAAAUGCGCUGAUUGGCUGAGCACCAAAUCUGCCCUUGUUCAGCGCGAGUACAAACCGAACUAGAGUAGACUGGCUGAGACCAAGCUCGUGAUUGGCUAAGAUAAAAAAAUUUUUUUAUCAUAUGUCUCCCGAGAUGUAUUGUAUUUCUAAAAAAUCCAUAAAUGAUAACAUUUAACAUUAGCAUAAAUUUAACACUCCUACAUGUAGUAUUUUGUUCUUUGACCGCAUUAAAACAAGGGAACACGGGCACCAAAACCAUUUACGGAAAAAGUUAAUAAAUUACGAUACAUUAAUGGGAAAGUUUGUGAAAAAAGGUAUGGAAUUGUGUAAAAUGUUGGAAAAUGCCCCACCCCCCCCCUCCCCUAGCUGCAAGUACUGUCAAUCGUGAAACAAGGACGACAACAUGAAUUUUGUCAAAGACAAACGUACUUCCAGUGAUAAACAUUUCAAUCUCGAUUGUAUACUUACUUGCUUUGUUCGGUUUUAGGCCCACUUCUCUUCUCGUUGUUUUUCGCGCCUGUAGAAGAUGUGAUCCGCGCUCUCAUGGCCUAUUUGUUAUGAUGUAAUGCUGACGAUACACAACUUUAUAUAAAAAUUAGUUCACCUACCAAACUUCCAUCGAUGGUGAACGAGCUUCGGCUCUGAAUCAAAGACAUCCUAAAUUGGUAGUUCGAAUGGUCUGAAUCCAGAGAAAACAGACAUUAUUAAUUUUCAAUCACAGUUCUCUAAUAUGUGGCUUGACCAAUAUCUAAUUCACAUAAAAGCUAGUCGGCUUAAAGGAAAAAUAUUUUUAUCGUAUUUUCGAGCAAACUGUUUGUCGGCAACACUGUUUUUGCGCUCCCUAUAGCCCCUACGCCCCGAACCCAUUUAUCAAAGUGUUUUUUUUGUGUGUUUUUUUCGAAGUUUUUUGUUUGUUUGUUUUUUGUUUGUUUUUUUAUCAACGUUUUACCUGACAUAAAGUGACAUCAUAAAAUAAAAUAAAAUUAAUAAAUCCUAUUGCAGUUAUAAAAUAAAAUAAAUAAAUCCAAAAUACAGUUACUGAGGAAGCUUCUUUAAGUUAAGAGAGCUAGCUUAAGGAAGGGUGUUCCACAUAAGCGUGACACUGUCGCGGAAAAGGAUCGACCACCCUCGGUCUCACGAGGAAAACAGGCACAAACUAGACUGAUAUACAACCAUACCUGUGAAUGUCCAUAUUUGAUUUGAGAAAGGCAGUCCCCCGAGAAGCGGUUGAAAACGAAACUGCAUUUUUUUCUGUGUUGGUGUUGUGUACUCAGGUGACCGACCUAAACGGUAAAUAACGUAUUUAUUUUUUUGUCGAAGACUCAGAGGCAAAUGGCAACGUUUUUAUUAGAUUGCGCAUAUAGAAAACAAAACAAUAAAAAAAUUUUGAUAUUUAAUUAUUUUACUUUAGAAAACAAACAAUCCAAUUAAAAUACAGUACAAUUAUUUUAUCCAUCAUUAAAAUUAUUUCAAAAUUACAUAUUCAUAUUUUUCAGUUUUAAAACAAACAUACAAAAAAUUUUGCUUUGCUUCGGCCAUUACGUAUAGGAUUCCGGACCGUGGUCAAAUAUCGUAAAAUUCCGCCCGCUGCUGCAGCCAAUCAGAUUGCAGAAAACGCUAGGAUUCCGCCCGCUGCUGAUUUACAAAAAAAAUAAAAAGUGAUAUUUCGGAACAGAAUCUAGUUCCUUCGAUACCAAUGUAAUCUAGUAAUAUGAUUUUUUUCUGUGUUGGUGCUGUGUACCAACACAACACCAACACAGAAAAAGUGUAAUAUGAUUCUUUUUCUGUGUUGAUUUUUUUCUGUUUUGGUGUUGUGUAUGAUUUUUUUUCUGUGUUGGUGUUGUGUACGUACCAUUUAUGACCUCGUCAUAAAACGGUAUCCAGUUUAGUUACUUGAAUAGUUCAACACUGUUUGCCCUUAUAUAUCAGCAGCUCCCAGGAUCACACGCGCUGCGCGUUUUGGAUUUUAAAUACUUUGUUGAUAUUUUUUGUACAGGUCCAUAGAGUACAGUUUCCUUUAUCAUGGCAUUGUAGUACAAUAUGUGUUUUUCAGCACUGCUAUUCUUUCAGACACCUUCGCAUAUAGCCGUGCUCGACGUUCUCAUUGAAAUUAAGAGACUGAUCGAGUAUUAUGUCAGUAUAUGAAUGACAUAAUUUACUUAUUUUAAAUGGACUUCAGUGACUGAAAAUAGAAUUCAUUUUUUCUCAUUCCGAUAACUGUGGGUUAAUUAACAUAUGUUGCACGAGAGUGCUUCUGAGGCACACCUAUUAACAAGCAUAUCUCCUGUUUACUUUAAGGUAAAAAUGUUCUUUUUGCUGACUAUGGUCCGCCACUUAUGUUCCGUCGCAAAGUUGUUUCUACAGCCCUUCAUGUGUUCGGCAAGGGCAUUGAAAAUGUUGAAACACGGGUUUCUGAUGAAGUCGAUAGACUUGUAACUUGGAUUGAAGCGAAGAAUGGACAAGCAUUUUCACCGCAAUAUCAAGUUACCUUUACCAUUAUGAACAACAUAAGUGAAUGGUUGUUAUCAAAGAGAUACGAUUUGCACGAUCCUAUGGUCGAGAAACUUUUUGACUUUAACGAAAAAUUACUCCAAGUCUCUCGCCAAGGUAGCUACUAUCAAUUCCUACCAUUCAUGAAAUAUUUACCAACGGAAUUUAUGAAAGAAUACAGGGAAAUAAUAAAAUUUCGAGAGGAAUUUUUCACUUCCCAUUUCAACUACCAUCGCGGAACAUACAACCCAAGUGUGGUACGAGAUAUCACUGACGCUCUCAUUGCCGCCUACGAGACGGAAAAGGAGAGAGAUCGUGGAAAAGACUUUGGAAAAAUUGAAGACAUUAAGUUUUUGAUGAUGGAUAUUCUACUUGCAACUACUGAUACAACAUCUUCUAUAGUUACCUGGUUGAUACUAUUCAUGGUUUUAAAUGAAGAAGUUCAAGAUAAAGUGUAUAAAGAACUACUUGAUGUGGUUGGUGAAGAUCGCCCUCCAUGUUGGAAUGACAUGCCUAACCUUCAUUAUCUGAAAUCAACAAUAUGUGAAGUAAUGAGACUUUCAGCAUUUGGUCCUCUUGACGUUCCACACAAAGCCAUUCGAGACUCAACAAUAAACGGAUACCAUAUUCCGAAAGGAACCACAAUUCUUUUUAACUUUUGGAAGAUUCAUUUGGAUCCUCGAGAUUGGAAGGAGCCGCAUUUGUUCAACCCAAAACGAUUCCUUGACGAAAAUGGGAAAUUUGUCGGAUGGGAUGCUCUGAAAUGUUUCAGACCAUUUGGCGAAGGACGACGGAUGUGUCUAGGCCAUGCUUUGGGCAAGAUGCAAUUGUUGAUUGUCGCUUCCAAACUGCUUUAUCGUUUCAAGCUAAAAGUACCUCCAGGAAAACCCACACCAACCCUGGAGGGAACUAUGUCUGCUGUAAGAUAUCCCAAGAAAUAUGAUGUGGUUGCUAUCAACAGACGACGAUGA